UCUAUCUGUCUGGACAGGGUAGGGCCUUUUAACUUUGCUACUGUAUUUCAACUUUCGAAUGUAGCCUACCUACAUUCAAACCACUCUAAACGACUGCAUAUGAUCACAUGUUCUUGUAUAAUUGGGUAAAUUGUUGUAGAAAAUGAAAAAGUUUGCAUACUAUGCUUUUCAUAUUUUCCACCAGGACUACAGCCUCUGCUAUUUAUUAAAGCCUGCUUUUCUGCAUCUAGCCCAUGAUGGCAUCCCCAAGGCUGGAGACGUUCUGCUGCCCAAACAGAGACGCAUCGACUGAAUUUGUCAUUACUUUUCAGCCCCUCUUCUUUAGCGCCAUUUGCAUUGGUAGCGCAGGUUUAAGUUUGAUAUUUUCUAUAUUACAACUUUUGCCCAAACGUAGGGGUUACAGACGCCUUGGACAGUACCCUCUUCCCAAGCCAGCGUCUUCGUCGAGAAUAUUGUUUAUCAUCAGCAUAUGUGAUAUUCUGGGAUGUACAGGUAUGAUAAUGAGGUCAUCCAUCUGGCUGGGCAUGCCCAACCUUGUCAGAGGGAUCAAUGUGGCCAACAACAGCGAUGUGUGGCCAGAGGUGUUCUGCGUCGGCAGUGCAAUGUGGAUCCAGCUGUUCUUCAGUGCAUCCUUCUGGUGGACCUUCUGUUACGCUGUGGAUGUCUUCCUUGUGGUCAGAAGAUCUGCAGGAAUCAGUACCAUCAUCCUGUAUCACAUGAUCACAUGGGGUCUGGCCGUGUUGCUGUGUGUGGAGGGUGUGGCCAUGCUCUACUACCCAUCCAUCUCCAGCUGUGAGAAUGGCCUGCAGCAUGCCAUUCCUCACUACAUCACUACCUACGCUCCUCUACUGCUGGUGCUUAUAGUCAACCCUACGCUGUUCGCCAGGACUGUGUCUGCAGUGACAUCAUUAUUGAAAGGACGACAAGGGAUCUACACAGAAAACGAGAGACGCCUGGGAACAGAGAUAAAAAUACGCUUCUUCAAAAUCAUGCUGGUUUUCUUUAUUUGCUGGCUUCCCAAUAUCAUCAAUGAAAGCCUUCUGUUUUACCUGGAGAUGCAGACAGAUAUAAAAGCUGGUGACUUGAAGAAUAUACGAAACGCAGCCCUCAUCACAUGGUUUAUCAUGGGGAUCUUGAACCCCAUGUCAGGCUUCCUCAACACGUUGGCCUUCCAUGGCUGGACGGGCUUCAAAGUGGACUGCAGCCUGCAGAAGAGGAGGGAGCUGGCCUGGGACUCAGCCUCCACCUCGGCGGCUAACGUGGGGGGCUACAACCCCAUCGUGGGCUCCACCCUGCUCUACCAGAGCCAUGUCCAGGAGGCCAAGAACAUGACAGGCAAGAACAUGACAGGCAACGGGCAGCCGGCCUCCGACGCCAUCAGCGUCCUAUCAGAAGGUUCAGAGUCUAGUACAAUUGAAAUCCACAUUUCCACUGAGCACCGAGACUAUGAGGAGAUAGACGCAGAUGGAGAAUCGUUGGGGAGCUCUGCAAGGCACUAGCUGGAGCCACCUGCAAAACCUGCUGCCAGCCUCCACUCUCUGCACCUGUCUUUGCCCCAUGUUUUAGUUCGCAUCCCAAAUGGCACCCUAUUCCCUAUACAGUGCACUACUUUGACCAUGGGCCAUAGGGUUCUGGUCAAAAGUAGUGCACUAUAUAGGGAAUAGGGUGCCAUUUGGGACGUAGUGUUAGACCCUGUCCCUGAUCUCUGUUGGAAAACCAUGAACCCUCUAGAUCAACCAGCAGUGUUAAAAAUGGUCUGUCUACCUGUACCAUUUCAGGUUUUUUUCUCUUUAGGAUUGCCAUUUCAUUACUACUGUAGCAUGGUUAAAGGUUUGUUAUCACAGAACAACAUGACACACUUGGCCGUCCAUCUGCUUCUCAUAUCUCUGGUGUCCAUAUGACAGGCCCCAAAGGGUUUGCCAGUUCAUUUGCCUCAGCACGGAACACACAGCCCUCCUAAUCACCAUUGGCGUUACGCUACUGAACCAUCAACUGUACAGUAAUGGAAUAGUCCUCAAGGCUACCUCACGGUGUCUCAUGUUCAAUUCAGAUAAGAAAUGUCAGCUUUGUACUAUUGACUAUUGGUGAACCUAGAAGCUGCCUUUUAAAAAUGUGCCUUAAUUACUCCAGAAGCAUGUAUUCCAUUCAACACAUCAGCAGACCCAGUAUACUGUACGUAUGCAUGUAUGACUUGUGCACAUAAGUAGCCCCCAAAAGCAUAAACGAACGGGAAUAUAUCUCUACCUGAGAUGUUGUUUAUAGGUAAACGAUUUGUAGAUAAGGUUUUGAACGUUACAUUGUUAACCUUGUACUUUGGUUCUAUUUUAUACAGUAUUAAACA